UACUUGUACAAAAAUCAAAUCACUAAGUCACUAUACUCUCACUGACUCUUAUUUUUUAUCGCUCGGAUGUAUAUCUUGCCGGUGAUUCAUGAGAUAGAAUAAAUUUUAAAAUAUGAUAGUUCAAUUUCAGUUUCAUUAUAUUAAAAUUUAGUUGAUGUACAUACGUAAGAAAAGUGUUAUACAACACUGAUAUAUUGUAAUAUUCGAGCUUGUAUUGGAAUAUAAAUUUUGAACCAUAAAUACUAAAGUGUAUCAUACGGAAGGUUAACUUGGACGAACAGAUAAAUAUUUGAAGUCCUGCAAUUCCUUAGUUCGUAAAAAAGAAAGAAACAAAUUCUGAAAUGCAUAUAAAUACGCAUUAAAAGUAUUUGCAUUUUAAGUAACUCAUCGUGAGUAAGCAUUUCGUGAUUCAAAUAUCCGAAGUGCACGCAUGGUUUAGUUAUCUGGCAUACAAAUAUGGUAUCUUCAUGGUGUUACUUAAUUUUACCAGUAGUAUUAUUCAUUGGUUUACUUCGGAAAUGUCGCGAGCGCACUUGGGGAAGAUGCAAGAAUAUGGACAGUUUGCAUGGUCGAGUAUUUCUUGUGACAGGCGCCAAUUCAGGUAUUGGUAAAGAGACAGUGAAAGAAUUGGCAAAAAGGAAAGCCACGGUUAUCGUGGCUUGUAGAAAUUUGCACAAUGCUCGCAGUGCUAUAACUGACAUACGCUCUCAAAUAUCUACAGGAGAAUUGGUGCCAAUGCAAUUAAAUUUAGCAUCAUUCUCAUCAAUCAGAGAAUUUGUCACAGAAGUGAUGAAAAAUUUUACCCAGAUUCAUGUAUUAAUUAAUAAUGCUGGUGUAUAUGUUCCUUUUAAAGAACAUGGUUUAACAGAUGACGGAUUUGAAAUACAUUUUGGUGUGAAUCAUUUAGGUCAUUUCUUGCUUACAAAUUUACUUUUAGAGCAUUUAAAACAGAAUGCACCAAGCAGGAUUGUGAUUGUGACAUCUAAGCUUUUUGAGUCAGGAGUAAUAGACUUCUCAAACUUGAAUGGUGAGAAAGGAUUGACAGUUAAAGGACGCAUGAAUCCUGCCUAUUGUAACUCAAAAUUAGCUAAUACCUAUUUUGGUAUUGAACUCACAAAAAGAACUCAAAAUAGUGGCAUUAACAUUUACAUGGUCUGUCCUGGAUUCACUUACACUGGACUGUUCAGAAAUGUUAAAAGGAGUUGGUUCCAUUACAUCAUAUUUUCCCCUAUUGCUUUAUUGUUUUUACGUACUGCAAAUCAGGGUGCACAAACUGUGUUACACUGUGCAAUUGAGCCUUCCUUAUCUAACGAAAGUGGUAAUAUUUACCGUGAUUGUAAACUCUAUUUUUCGAAAAAGGAAUUAGACCCUGAUAUAGCACUGCGCUUGUGGGAUGUAAGUGCAAAACUGACUGGUAUUAAUGAGACUUCAGAAUGAAUAUUUUUAUCUAUGUGUACUCUGUACUUUAUUUUAUUUCUGAUAUCCUCAGUGGCCAUUUGAUAUUUAUUUUUGUAUAUAAAUACAAUUGCGUAAUCAUAUAGUAAGUUUAAAACAUUAUUGCCAUAGAUCUCGUAAGAAAUAGUAACAUAUUUUUGUUUGCACUGUUAUAAAUAAAAUACUACACUGUAUAGUUUUUUAAAAUACUAGAAUGUUGAAAAUGC